AUGUCAAUAAAAAUUAUGUCUGCUUUCAUAGCUGCAUUUUCUUAUUCGAUGUAAAAAUUAAUAAUUUCAAAAUUUCUGAUAUCCAUUUUAUAUAAUGGAUUAUAGCAGCGAGUCUGAACUGAUAGAAUCUUUGGAUUAUUUAACACUACCCGUGAAGAGGAGUAGUUCUAUUGGCAAAGGAAGUGGUUUUUGUGAAAAGAACAAAACACGAUAUUUAAGAGAUUUUAGAAACAAAGUUUCUCAUAAAACACAAACCUCGCAUUCUUUGCAUAGAUGUAACGAUUCUAUAAUACUAAAUAGUACAAAAAAAGAAAUCGUACAAUAUUACACCGUCUUGAGUGAAACGUCCUCCGAUAAGUAUUUAAAAAUUUUACAGUCCGAGGAGAGAAACAACCAUAAAAAACCUAAAUCACUUAUCAAAGUUACUGUUACACCCAAAAAACCCAAACCGCAAAAAUUGAAUAUAUUUUCGAGACGCAAUCAAAGCUCUAAACAGCUCCACAACACCGUGUCUGAGGAAGACCGGUCUAACAAAGCUAAACAUAUGUGCUUGGUCGUCACUGGAAGAAAACGAGAAAGACAAUAUAACAUAAAGACUACUGAAAGUGCAAGACUAUUGAAUGAUAUACGCAAAGUAAACGAUGAUAUAUCAUUAGAUCAGGUGAAAAGUGUUAAACACUUAAUAGAGUCUUUGAAUAUGGACAAAAAACGAAAAAAAGCUCCGGCAACCAAAAGACCGGCGUCACCCACAAAACCUAAGGGCAAUGCUACGAAAACUGAAAAGAAUAUUGAAGUCAGUGACGGACAAAAUAUGGUCAGAAUUACAGGGCAGAUUGGUCUAGGGCAAGACAACCAACUCAUGGUGAGAUGUGGCGUGGAGGGGACGAAAGCUCCAAAGAGUAUAGAAAUGAAAGAGUACCAUCCUUCAAGCUUUGGGGAACAUAUUGCAGGAACACUACUACACACUGUCACUCAAGGUACUCAGAUGGAUAUCAGCGUGGUGGAUAGCGCACCACAUAAAAGUAUCCCACUGUAUCCAAACAACAUGACCUGUUUCUGUAACAAUGUCAAUGAAUUUGAGACUUCACCUAACGAUCACUCUGCAGUCAAAAAAUGUCAAAGUCCUCUUGUUGUAAUAACAGUCUAUCCAAACGAUGAGCGAUGUGAAAAUGUGAAGAUUUUUAAAAACCAUAAUCGAUGUCGAACCACUUUAGAUGAGAUGUAUGGAAGUUUAACAAAUUUGAAUUGUAUGCCACAAAGUACUCGAUUUAAUAACCAGUAUCAAGAAGAUAAAGAAUGUGUUGACAAAAUUAAAAAAGAAUCUGGCGAAGACAGAAAGAGGCGGCCCAGAUCUGCUUCUAGAAGUGGGAAAGGGAAAAAAGCAGAAACGAAAUACAAAAGGGGUUCUAGUCGACCAAGAAGUGGAUCACGUAGCACAAAUUCUAGUUCUAGUCAAAACGUGAAAGGACAAAGACCUAAGACAACGGAAAAUGCCACUCGCCCAAAAAGCCCUAGAAAUCUGUCUCCCAGUAAAAAUACCGCUCAAAAUUCUAAACCCAAAGAAACAGAAAACCGACAAAUGCGUGCAAAAACCCAAUCACCCGAUACAAAAAACCAAAAUGUAAAACGACAGGAUGAAGGUAAUAAAAACAUUUCAAGUAAAAAUAAAAAGGAAGAAAAGUACAUGAAGAGCCCCACUUUAUCGAGAAGUCCAUCUCCUAGUGGAAGCUCUAACCAUAAUGUUAAACGGCAAAUCAUAGAAAACAAAAAAAACAAGAAGCACGAAUCCAGACAACAGGGAUUACAAAGAAAAGAAAAGGAAACUAAGUCUCAUUUGACUUCGACAGCAACCAACACAGACCAUGUGUUGACCAAAAAGGCUCUCGUAGACUCCUUCACAAAGGAAAUAAUGGGGCAAAUGGGAAAGCAUAAUAAAAAAGAUAAAUGUAAAACCCCACAAUUCACAGAGUCUCAAUUACAGAUCAAUAUAGAAGGUGAUAAUGAAAAUUACGACGUAUUUCUGCAACAAGGCAGAAUGACCACUGAUGUUAGAGUGAAAAAGACUUCAAAAUAUCCCUCAGAACAACGAAACACAGAAAGGUAUCAGUGUCAAGCAUUCCCGGAUCCUGCUUAUAUUAUGGAAGAAAAAUCAAAAUCGUUAUUGAACAUGAUAGAUAUGGAUGAUUUUAGGGAGACUUAUGAAUCGCACGGUCUGACGAACGCGAAUGACAUAUUGGAAAUGCCAGAAAUGAAAGUUAGGGAUAGUUUAGAAAUUGGCCAUAAGCGAAAAGACCGUUCACCGCGGAACACAAGAGAGGAAGAUUUCGAAAGAGAUUUUGAGAACCACCUGCGGGAGCAAGCUGGUGCGUCGGCUGCGAGGGAUAGUUUCGCGCCGAUCAAGCAUUACAGAGGUGACAAGUGCCUCAUCCCUGACCCAGUCAAAAGGGACAAGGAAGUCAGGCAGCUGUUGGGUUUGGAGGCGACACGGAAUGACUGUUGCCCGUGCCCUUACCAGAUGCCGCAUCAUCAUCGUAAAAAUGAUGAAUCGGAACGACUAUGUGAACUUUUUUAUGCGAACGAUAACUACCGAUCACGAAAAACAAAAGACGCUCUACGAAACACGGCUCAGAUCAAUCGAAUUAAUUAUCAUAAGAAAACUAUAAAACAGACAACCGGCACACAAUACGAAGCGCCAAAUUAUAGUCUGGACAGUUCACUAUCAAAAAAGUCGACAUUAAAUCGUAACAUCCAAGUACUCCUUGAAGUUCAAAAGUUUACAGAAGAAAAACCAAUAAUCUUAUCAAGAAAACAGUAUCAUAAAGUGAAAAAGGCGAUAGAGCAUACGAUAUCUAAACAUCGUCCGAAGAGCAGAUUAGCAAAGGCUAAAUGUAGUAUUAUGAAUAUUGAAACUAAAAAGAAAAAUGUCAAAUAUAUUGAUCAAAACAUAGGAGAGAAACGAAGUCAUAUCAAUAUAUUUUCUACCAAAUCAAAGGAAGUAUUUGCAAGCAACGAGACUGCAGUAUUGUUCACAAAAGCGUUCAUACGAAGCAAAGCGCAAGCGAAACAAGAAGAGCCGGUGAAGCACCACAUAUCAAUAACUGACCUGCGCAGGUCGUUUCUUGAACCUUGGAAUGAGUCUUCCACUAAAGUUGCAGUAGGCUCAUCUUAUUCUCAUUCUAUACAUACUCUUUUCAAAGGACUCAAAAAACCCCGCACUCCUAACUUUGGAACAUCGGCGUGCUCGUUCUUCUCAAACAGCAUUAAUGAAUAUCAGGAGUGCGACUCGGUGAAAAACUUCAAGUCUCAGCUAGACAAACCCAUCAGAAAGCCGUUUUUGAAAAGGCUCAUUUCAUGUUUGAUCUUGAGGGCGAGUACAGCUUCAGAAGUGAAGUUAUCAGCCAUGCCGCGACGGAUGUCUAGUAACAACAGCUCAAUCGACUCGUAUCACAUCAGCACAUCACUUGGGGCAAUAGAAAUGAGUUCGUCGAUAUACGACACCUCGGAGUCUUUCUACAGUAACCACAGCAUUAUGCCAAUCAACAGUAAGAUCAAGAAAGAACGGGGCUUCUUUGGUUCUAUGCGCGGUUUACUGACUGGAAAAAAUUAGUGCUAUAAAUUAAAAGGAUAUUUAUAUUUUUGUUUUGAUUGUACAAUUUUACGAUUUUUGUAUAUGCUAAUAUAGUUUUAUCUUUGUUGCGUA